UGUGAAACUGCUAUCCGAUCAAAUAAACCUCAUGUAGCAAAUAAGCCAUACACAAUUUUGUUGACCAAAUGUGACACUCUCGUUGACCUUGCUUGGUGGGCGAAACAACGAAAAAACGCCACCAGCUGGAGGGAGAAAGAUUUUCUGCCGAGUUGGUUUUCUUGCUUCCUCUCUGUACACUUGAUAUUUGAGUGACGAUUUAGCUUUAAACGGGGUGACGAGAUACAGACCGUGUUGUAACCUGUACGUGAGUAUGAUAGAUAUGCGGAUAUAUGGUACAUUAAUAGUGCUUAGUGUUCAUGUUAUCGCAGGCUGUUUUUGACAUCGCGAAGAAGACGAACCUAGACGUUGGGUUGCAGAUCUACCCAGCCAUUCGUGUAAUGAGGACGAUUUCCUCAACACAACUUUGACUGAGCAUCUAGCUACAGCUCCCAGUGUGCCCUGCUGUGAGUCCCAGUGGGCGUGCGUGGUCCUCCCCUCAGACUGGCAGAGCAGGCUGGCAUAGCGGCACCGGCAGGGGGCCAGUGGGUGACGUUUUCCUCCAGCCUAAGUUGUGGUUGGAAGGGGCAUCGAGAAAGAGUGUCGAGAAGACAAAGAGGGGUAUCAAGACGACAUAUCGAGAGAUCGAGAGGGUGAAGUCUCUGCCUAGCCUCGUCAGGUGUGUGUGAGGCUCGGAGCAUGGUGAGAGCCUGCGCUGGUUGCCAUGGAGCUACAGGAUAAGAAGCAGGAGGAGGGGGUGGGGACCCUUGGCUUGUCCACUGGUCAGGCUCUGGGGACACUGAGGGACCAGCUCACCACCCUGCUUGACCAGCACCAGACCACAGGCCGUGGGAAACAACCGACUGCACAGGAGCAGUGGGUGAAGAGCUUCCUUCACCAUGGCAACCGACACUCCUGUCUCCAUUGGCCAGGAGCUGCCCUUACACUGCUGGUGGUGUUGGGACUUCUCUGUUGUUACGGCGACCAGCCACACGGCAGUUCUGGGAUCGAGUUGGUGAACGCUGCAGCCCUCCUCCUGCUCUUCACGCUGAGCUUCAUGCUGAUUGGUCGACAGCAAAGGCUGAGGAGGACAGAGAUGGUGCACCGGCUCAACAGCAUCAUCAAUCAGCUCAACGACUACCUGUCGGGAUGGGCAGAUUUGGGUAAUGGGGUGAGGUGGUCUCCCUCCCUCUACCCUGACCUGUACACCCCCUCCUCCCCCUCCUGGUCGCUCCACUGGGCCUACCGCGACUCCAAACUGGUCAACCUGCCUGUGUCCCUACUGGUGGAGGGAGACGUCAUAGCACUACGGCCAGGAAAGGAGGCCUUCGCUUCCCUCAGAGGCAUCAAGGAUGAUGAGCAUAUAGUUCUGGAGCCAGGUGACCUUUUCCCACCUCUCUCCCCUCCUCCCUCCCCCCGGGGGGACCAGAAGAGGGUUCCCCAGAGCCCCCAGCAGCACCGCCUCUUCAGGGUGGUCCGCACCCCCAUCCUCGACAGCGUCAGGAACAGUCUUGACCUGGCUCUGUCUCGACCAAUCACAGCCCUGGAUAAUGAGAGGUUCACCGUGCAGUCUAUCAUGGCCAAGUUCGCCUGCCCUAUAGUACUGGUGGCGUUCUUGGUCGUGAAUACGGUGCGGUAUUUCUGUGACGCCCCCGGCCUCACUCCUGGGCGCUUCAACUUCAUCCAGCUGCAGCUGAUGGGAGUGCUGCCCAUCCUUCCCCUGCUGUUUCCUGUCAUGUGGGUGCUGGUCAAUGCCUAUGGAGAGGCUAGUGUCCUGGCUGAGUCCAGCAGAGCUUCUCCUACUGGCCUGCUUGCUAAGUUCUCUGAGGACACUCUAAGCAGCUAUACUGAAGCGGUGUCCUCCCAGGAGAUGCUGCGGUGUGUGUGGAGACACCUUGUGGGAGUGCUGAGGGGAGAAUCCCAGACUCUCUGCUACACCUCCAGCCUGCUACACACACUCGGCUCUGUCACUGUGUUGUGUUGUGUGGACAAACAGGGUGUAUUAUCCUGGCCUAACCCCAGUCCAGAGACCGUGUUGUUCUUCAGUGGUCGCGUGGAGCCGCCUCACAACGACAGUCAGCAAGACCUGCGAGACGACCUGUCUGUCAACUCCUUCUGCCGCAUGGAGACCGACGAUGACCGUGACGAGACCCAGGAGGGGGAGGCUCUGCUGUGUAUGCCAGUGAUGGAUGGGAUGGGGGGCGGGCAUGAGCCCAGUGAGACUUCACAUGACACCGGCCGUUCCGAAGACACAGUUCAGCUUCGGCGGCAGGCACAGGAGACACGCACCAAACACCCCUCAGGAUCUAAUGUCAGCUUCAGCCACAACACCGAGGGAGGGGACCAGGGCCCUGAACAGGACAUGGUGGGUUGCUGUGACAACGACGCGGAGGACUACGUGUGUGACUACCACCUGGAGAUGCUGAGUCUGUCUCAGGACCAGCAGAACCCGGUGAGUAUCCAGUUCGACGAGCAGGGCUGGCAGUGCCACCUGCCCAGCCUCAAGCCCCUGGGCCUCAACAUCCUGCUCAACCUGUGCAACGCCAGCGUCACCCAGCAGCUCUGCCGCUUCUCCGACCACCUCAGUAACCUGGCGCUGCAGGAAAGCCACGGGGCCGUGCUGCCCGUCCACGUGCCCUGGGGACUGUGUGAGCUGUCCAGGCUUAUAGGGUUCACUCCCGGGGCGAGGGAGCUGUUCAAACAGGAGAACCACCUAGCUCUGUACCAGCUGCCUUGUGGGGAGAAGGCCAAGGAGUCUGUCCCUCGACGCCUACACAACUUCACCAAGAGACAACCUCCCAUCAGCCACCUCAUCUCCCUCUUCAUCAGAGACUCCUCUUCCAAUAACGUCCAGAUGUUGUCUCACGGCUCAGCUGACCUCAUCCUGGAAGCCUGCACUGACGUCUGGGACGGAUCUGACAUCUAUCCCCUCUCUGGCUCCGACAGGAAGAAAGUUCUGGACUUCUACCAGCGUGCCUGUCUGUCGGGCUACUGCUCUGCCUUUGCCUACAAGCCCAUGCAGGUUUCCCUGUCCAACCAGCUCAAUGGGAAAUGUGUGGAGCUAGCCCCCGGACCCAACCUCUUCUCUGGGGUAGAACUGCCCUCCACCACCCCUAUCAAAUACGACUCCCGCAGGAACUCCUGGAGCUCUGAUGAGGGUAUAGGAGAAGGUGUGGAGAAGGAUGACUGUGUUCAGGCUCUGAGUGGUCAGAUCUUCAUGGGAAUGGUGUCCUCCCAGUUCCAGGCUCGUCUGGACACCGUCAGGCUCAUAGACGCUCUGGUCACCGCCUGCAUACGCUUUGUCUACUUCUCCAUGGAGGACGAACUACGCAGCAAGGUGUUUGCAGAGAAGAUGGGCCUGGAGACAGGGUGGAACUGUCACAUCUCUCUGACCCCAAACAGGGACAGUCCCUGUGACGGUGCCCCCAACAGCCCAGGCCAGGACUCCCUACAUGAUGACCUGCACCAAGACUCCCGAGAUGAGGCAGAGGGGCCGUUGUUACCAGAGGAGGAGACUGCUGAUGUUCCCAGCUUCCUGGAGGACUGCAACAGAGUACAGGACAAAUACUGUUUGUCUUUCCUUUUCUUUUCUUCUCGUUUUCUCUUCUCAACUGUGACGUACACCUGUUUCUUGCUAACCCUUCUCUCUCUCUCUCGCUUUCGCUCUCCCCCCCACCCCCUCCAGGCGAAGCUACCUCGUGGUAUCCACCAGGUUCGUCCUCACCUGAAGAACAUUGACAACGUGCCUCUGUUGGUGCCUCUCUUCACCGACUGUACCCCAGAGACUAUGUGUGAGAUGAUAAAGAUCAUGCAGGAGAACAGAGAGGUGACGUGCUGCCUGGGGAGCUCUGCCAACUUCCGCAACAGCUGCCUCUUCCUACAGAGCGACCUCAGCAUCGCCCUGGACCCCCUGUACCCGUCGCGGUGUUCGUGGGAGACGUUCGGCUACGCGACAGGAGCAGGCCUGAACGGGGAGGUAGAGGGUCUGUCUCCCCUCAGUCUCUCUGGUCAACUCAACACCCUGGCCUGUUCUGUCACCUUCCACCAGGGGGAGUCGGUCAGCAUGGUCAAACUCAUAGAACAGGCGCGUCACACUACGUACGGCAUCCGCAAGAGCUUCCUGUUCCUAUUGCAGUGUCAGCUGACCCUGGUCUUCAUCCAGUUUCUGGCCUGCCUCGCCCAGCUCCCACCUCCCAUGAACAUCACUGAUAUCCUCUGGCUGUCCUGCUUCAGCUGUCCACUGCUCAGUGUGUCGUUCUUAGGAAAGCCACCAGAAAGUUCUGUGAUGAACGUGGCCACGGGGAAGAACCAAGAUGCCAUCCCCAGAAAGACGCAGAACUACUUCCUGGGUUGUUUCCUUUUGAGGUUUGGCCUGACUGUGUGUGCCUACCUCCUGGGCUUUGGCUUCACGCUGCACGAGGUCUGCCUGAGGGCCAACAACCUGACCAUGGCAGAGAACACCACCAUCAGCUGUAGUGAUAUCCUCAGGGUCAGUUCGGCUCAGGACGCUCCCCAUUGGUUCAGGGAGCUGUCCAACGGCCUGCUGCUCACUCAGAAAGUCAUGGCUGGGUUCCUGGCCCUGCACACAGUGGUCAUCUCUCUGAGCUAUGUCCAUCGCUCUCAGCCGCUGUGGAAGAAGAACCCCUUCAGCAACACCUGGUGGUGCCUCACUGUCCCUGUUGUUCUGCUGGGUCAGUUGGUGCAGGCCACGGUGGACUACCAGCUGUGGCAGGACCGGUUGGCACAUUUGACCUUUGACCUGAAGGACAUCCCCAUGCUGGCCUGGCUACUUGUCUCCCUGUCCUCCCUGGUGGUGGUGCUGCUCAAUGAGGCUGUCAAACUACACGAGAUACGGGUGAGGGUUCGCUACCAGAAGAGACAGAAGCUACAGUUUGAGACCAAACUAGGGAUGAACUCUCCCUUCUGAUUGGCUCAGACAAUGAACAGAGGGGCGUGGCAAUACAUGCUGGGAACCAAUCAGCCCUCGAAGUUGGUUCUAACUGCUGACACUGGGUCAGAUCGUUUCUCAUCCCUCUUGUUUGUUAGGAUUGGAGAAAGGGUAAUAUGAUCCUAGAUCUGUGGUUGAGGGGAACUUCUACCUCAAGCUCAUAAUCGCACUCCUCCUCAGUGCCCAUUGACCUAAACCCAGGAGCACUCAACCCACCUCAGCCCGAAAGCACUGGCUCCUAGCAGGUAGCGCUAACCUCAACCAAACUGCUACACAUGCUGGGUGGUUUAUCACUGCGAUAAUCCAAUCUUUUCUUGGGGUGGGGGGGAUCCUUGUUUAAAUUGUAUUAUGGUAUAAUUGUUUUUUUUUUUAUAAAAGAAAGAUCCUAAAGCAUUUUUCUUUUUUACUUUUAAAAGAAAGGCAAACAAAAACUGAGAAGUAUUUAUAAUAUUGUGGAACGUUAUUGAAGGCCUGGGGAAUGAUUUACUGUAGUUCCUGCUUAGGGAUGGGGGGGUACGCUCUCCCACGGUCACUGUUCUAUGAUAUUGUCUCUCACUGUAUCACAUAGGGGUUAUCACACUUCAGCAUGUUCCUCCUUUCUUUUGACCCAAUACCAGACAGGGUUUCCCCCCAGGAUUUUUUUCAGCAGCGGUGGCUAAGUAAACGUGGGUGGCUAGUUGGCGUGGAUUUAGAGGCCCUCCUCUUGGCCGCAGAGGCAACAUUUAGCGGUUUUAAAGCAAAUUUCCUGCAAUUUUACCAUGGGCCGGAGAGAACAUUUGACAGUUUUAAAGAUAAUUUCCUAUGGCUCAUGCCAUGUUCUUACACUAUCUGAGUGACUCAGAUAACUAUAACAAAAUCAAAGCCAUGACAUUUUGUGAAUUUUAUAUUCUAGUUUUAUUUUGGUGAUUGUUUGUCCUCACAGAUGAUCUAAGUAAAAAAAAAUAUUGCUCCAUUAUCUUUUCUACAUACAUUAUAUAUGGUUUUAAUCGUUUAAGUUUACACUGAAAAUAUUUUAUCAUCCCAAAAAUGAUGAUACACUACCGUUCAAAAGUUUGGGGUCACUUAGAAAUGUCCUUGUUUUUGAAAGAAAAGCAAAAAAACAUUGUCCAUUUAAAAAAAACAUCAAAUUGAUCAGAAAUACAGUGUAGACAUUGUUAAUGUUGUAAAUGACUAGUGUAGCUGGAAACUGCAAUUUUUUUAAAUGGAAUAUCUACAUAGGUGUACAGAGGCCCAUUAUCAGCAACCAUCACUCCUGUGUUCCAAUGGCACGUUGUGUUCGCUAAUCCAAGUUUAUCAUUUAAAAAAGCGAAUUGAUCAUUAGAAAACCCUUUUACAAUUAUGUUAGCACAGCUGAAAACUGUUGUCUGAAAAAAGAAGCAGUAAAACUGGCCUUCCUUAGACUUGUUGAGUAUCUGGAGCAUCAGCAUUUGUGGGUUCGAUUACAGGCUCAAAAUGGCCAGAAACAAAUACCUUUCUUCUGAAACUCGUCAUCUAUUCUUGUAAUGAGAAAUGAAGGCUAUUCCAUGCGUGAAAUUGCCAAGAAACUGAAGAUCUGGUACAACUCUGUGUACUACUCCCUUCACAGAACAGCGCAAACUGGCUCUAACCAGAAUAGAAAGAGUGGGAGGCCCUGGUGCACAACUGAGCAAGAUGACAAGUACAUUAGUGUCUAGUUUGAGAAACAGACGUUCUCACAAGUCCUCAACUGGCAGCUUCAUUAAAUAGUACCCGCAAAACACCAGUCUCAACGUCAACAGUGAAGAGGCGACUCUGGGAUGCUGGCCUUCUAGGCAGAGUUGCAAAGAAAAAUCCAUCUCUCAGACUGGCCAAUAAGAAGAAAAGAUUAAGAUGGGCAAAAGAGCACAGACACUGGACAGAGGAACUCUGCCUAGAAGGCCAGCAUCCCAGAAUCGCCCAGAAACUUGGAUUAGCUAACACAACGUGCCAUUGGAACACAGGAGUGAUGGUUGCUGAUAGUGGGCCUCUGUACGCCUAUGUAGAUAUUCCAUUAACAAAAUCAGCUGUUUCCAGCUACAAUAGUCAUUUACAACAUUAACAAUGUCUGCACUGUUUUUUUUUUUUUUAAUCAAUUUGAUGUUAUUUUUAAUGGACAAAAAAAUUUGCAUUUCUUUUAAAACAAGGACAUUUCUAAGGGACCCCAAACUUUGGAACGGUAGUGUAUAUAAAAAGAAAACGCAUAUAGGGGAAACACUGCCCGAGGAGAGCAUCCCAAUACCAGACUAGAAAAACACCUACCAUCAGGUGAUGUCUGGAGGAAAUUGGAUUCAAGUCAAUAUGGGGAACCUAGGGAAACACACUAAGCAUUUCUCAGCAAGCAAUCUCAAGGCUACUCUCUAUAACCCAGCCUUUUAGCCAGAUAAUGAACAUGGCAUUUUCUAAACCAGAAUGUAAGAGAAUAUAUUUUGUUUUUUCUUUGUUUUUUCCCCAUUUCCUUUCUAACAAAUAUUUUCUUUGUUUCACACACAUGCUCCGACUCCCGAGCUAAGCCAAGGGCAAUCCUCCUGCUGUAAUGCAAUAAAGAAUAUAUAUUAAUAUAAUGUACUUUGAAAAAGUACAACUGUAUUAGUCUUGUUUAGGUCAGUUGUAUUUGAAUGUGCUAGCAUGUCACUUUGAAACUCAUGUACUGUAGGAUGGUUUUGAUAUUUUAUAAUCAUCAUAGACUGGUUUGAUCCCUGUGUACAUUCUUCCAUCCUAUUCUUCCCACCAGAGUACUGUAGUAAAGAGGGGACUGUCUUCAACUGUAGCUAACAAGGUUUCGUCUGUGGUGUUCUCGGUUACAAUACGUUCUAGAGCGUUCCAGGGUAUUCUGAAGGUGCUUCAUAUCAUUCAGUUGCCUUUUUACUAGCCUGGGUGCAUGUUUCUGCGUUCGACAUCAACAACGCACAAGCUGACUACGUCCGGGAUUCAAUCAGAUCACGCUUGUAGACAAUGCUGCUUUCAAAGGCAAUUUUACUGGGUUCGUGGAGAUGGCAUUUAAGGUAAACGCUGCGGAUGUCGGCUCAAUUGGAAAUGACCAAUGUCAAGCGUGCUCACGCACCGUUUCGUGUUAAAUCCCGGCCUAAAAGCAGAAAGACUCACCCACCGGGCUACCUGUCUGUGUUGGGUGAUCAAAUCAGUAGAUCCAUUUGAACUUUUUUUAUCCCUGAUAUACGACUUUCGCUAUGUCCGAAAUGGCACCCUUUGUACUACUUUCGACCUUGGCCCCAUAAUGUUCUGGUCAAAAGUAGGGCACUAUAGAGAAUAGGGUGCCAUUUGGGAAGCAGAUUGUCAUGAGUUGCCAUUGCCCAUGCAGCUAUUCAGUUUUUAUUUCUUUCUAUCCUGUGUAUUUAUACAUUGUAUUUAUUUAUUUAUUGAUGCUUUUGUUAUAGCUGAUGUAUGUAUCAUGUGCUGUCAGACAAACUGUCAUGCUGCACAAACCGGCCUUUUCCAUCGUGCUUUCUGCUUCUGGUGAAUUACCUCUUCAGGGCCAGGAGUUUUUUCUGACCAUGUCAUCUGAUCGUGAGACCCAGAGUUGUUCCCUGGUUGGCUCACGGGGUCAGGAAAACCUUGCGUCCCAAGUCAUACUGUAUAUAUAAAUGGAUUUAUUUUAUCAUGUGUGCGCCACACCCGCUCUCUCUAUUUUGAUUGUUGGCUACAAUGAAGGUCAAAUGCUAAGUUGACUAGGAGUCUGUUCUGGGCCUAAGAGAGCACAAAAACAUGGUGCCUAGGAUUAACACCUCGAAUCAGGGCGCUCGCACACUUGUGCCCUUCAUAGGCUCCCUUUGAUUGGAGUGUACCACAGGAGGUUGGUGGCACCUUAAUUGGGGAGGAUGGGCUCAUGGUAAUGGAUUGUGCAGAAUUGGUGGAAUGGUAUCAAAUAUGGUUUCCAUGUGUUUGAUUCCAUUUACACCAUUCUGGCCAUUAUUAUGAGCCGUCCUCGCCUCAGCAGCCUCCACUGGAGUGUAGGUACUUACUUUUUAAGUACAUUAUUUCAUAGGGUAGUUAGUAGUUACAUAAUCUGAUAAGAGAUGUGUGUGAGGAAGAUAUAAUGUAAAAACACUGAUCUAAUAUGUAUCCUAGAUAGGGUAGUCUGGUAACUGAUUUUGUCUUGUUUUUUUGCUCAGAGACCACUUGAACUAAGCCAGUAAUUUUUUAUAAAUAGUAAACUUACAUCUGACUCUUAAUCAUUCAUACCAGGGCAGUUAACUGUUAACUCUUGUAUAUAUUGUGUAGCAUGCUAGCCGCUAAUUGUAUCCUAUCAGGUCCAGAUGGGGAAUCCAGGGCUGCCGUUGGGUGUUGGGCCUGGGACUGGAGCGUAGUCGGCCGGUGGGUCCAGGACAGGGCCAGACGCUGUGCCGAGGUCAGGGCUAGUUCUUGAGGACUGCAGUUGAUGCUGGAACCAGAACAGGAUCAGGGUCAGCUGACUGCAGGUCCAGAGUACAUGGCGCUGGAGGCUCUGGUGCUGGAUGGGACGCCAACUGGGACUCUUGCUGGAGAGUCGUGGUGGGCGUCAGGUCCAGGCCGAGCAGUUCUGCAAGGGCAGCAGGUAGUGUAGGGACCAGCACCGGAGUUGAGUCCGGUUAUGGCUGCCCAGGAGUGACAGUAACUGGAGUGUUGGCUAGGGUGCUGGCUCAGGCACCGGUAGUUGCAGGUCUGGCUGGUUGUCUGCAGGUUGGAGCUCUGACGCUUGCUGGACUGGCUGCAGCCCUGGCAAUGGCUUCACUGGCUCAGGUGCUGCUUGUGGUGGCGCCUCCUGGGGUGCAGGUUGGGUGCGGAGCUGGCUGCUGGAUGUGCUCAGGUUCCGAUGGUGACCGUUUGACUGUCCGAGUAACUAGCUUGGGAGCACUGGCUGGAGCACUUGUGACACUGGAGACCGCUGGACGUGCUGGAGUCCUGGUGGUAGUCUUGGCCGAGGAACUGGCGAGGGCACUGGCUGGAGAACCUCCUGGUGCACUAGUGACCACCGGACAUGCUGGAGUCCAGGUGGUGGCAGAACUGGCUGGCGUGCCGGUGGCCACUACAUGAGUGAGGGGGUGGCUGGACUGGUGGCCAUGGCACCCAAGCCAUUUGAGGCUGUUGCCCUGUCCUGAGCUCAGGAUGCGGUUGGUCGAUCCAUCGGUGCUCAGGGGCUUUAAAAAAAUAAAAUGUAACCUUUAUUUAACUAGGCAAGUCAGUUAAGAACAAAAUCUUAUUCACAAUGACGGCCUACCGGGGAACUGCUUUGCUUGAAGUGCAGACUUUUGGGUGCUGCCAGUAUCCAGGCGGAGGUUGUGGAGCUAGUGGCUGCUGGACGGGCAGGCCUCAGGACCAGCGCUGCAGGUUCUCUAUGCCCACAUAGUGCCUUGGGUUUGUCCUGAUGUUACCAUGCCACCCCUCGCAUCUACCUCCCGCAGUUUCUUGAUGACAGCAUCUGUGAUACGCUGGAGCCUCUUCCUUUUUCACUAGAGUCUCCGGAGUUCCCGGUCCUCCUCUUCUUGCCGGUGUGUGUGCCUCGUCCUGGGCAUGGUAUGCAUCAUGAACUGCAUCCCUUCACUACUGGUCAUAGUCCAGGACAAUUGCACCUAUCCGGCUCGAAGGACCAUGAAAAAGAAGCACACCAUUUGGUGGCCUCUGAAAGAGGUACCAGUUUAGAUUAUGGUACACCUUUCCCAGCACCCCGGUUAGGCGUAAAUGACCAGUAGGAGAUAGGGAUACAAUUCACACUUUAUUGCCAUACACCAAACACACGGCAAACGGGAAGAGAACACUAGACUGUCCUCAUGGGCCGAUGAGGUCCGUGGACCCAGGGCUGGAGCUGGGUCAGCUGGUAUUCUGAGGACAGGAACGGACAAGCGCACAUACAUGGAAAACAAGAAGAGGAGAAAACUAAUGUAUAGUGGUUCAUUGUCAAAGACUCACUAACACCAGUUGGGAGGCAGUGUUGUCCAUGUGGAAAGGGUCCAGAUGUGAGUUGAGGUGGAGGACAUCAGUUUAGAGCCCUUCUCAACCUGCCCUCCUGGAAAGAACUGAAGAGUUGAGAGGCAGUGUGGGGUUCUGAUGCUCCCAGGCUAAGCCACUGAUUGGCUGACCAGGUCAGCUGACUCUGUUCCCUGGGAACCUGGUCCCUAGCACAUAGGUGUGAAGUGGCCUUCUUCAGCAGGACAAUAGAUGGGUUGGUUGUUUAGCAACACAACCGACUCGUGCGCAACAAUGGGUCCAAACAGACAGGAUUGACUUAGGUUGUUGACAACAUGUAAACUAUAUUUCGUCGACUAUGUUUAUUGAAAACCUAAAUAAAUGUUGCACAAUGAGCACUUGUUACAGUUGUUGGUUAGUUACCGAGCUAAUUUUAGCCAUAUUAGCAUUGACAUGAAAUCAGUCAAAACACCUCAAAACAAGACAUGGUAUCAAGAACUAGAUGAAACUAGCCGAAAAGAGUCGACUCCCCACGUGGCAGUUUCUUGUCAUUGUUAGUAGCUAUCUGGCCAUCCAGAAUCACAACCUCUCACAGACUUCUGCCCCAUUUGAAGCGUGUGCAUCAUUUUCGUGACGUUAUCAGCUAGCCCAUCUAUAGACUCAGGCUACCAACCCUCGACCUCAGCCUAUCUCAGCUGUAAGAAGUCAAAGUUUGUCUCCAAGUACCAGGGCCAGAGAGAGGGUUUGAAAUAUGUUUUUUUUAACAGUAGCUGGGGUCAAAUGUAACACUGAAAAAAAUAAACCAAAUAAUUUCACUUAACUUAAAAAAAACAUGAAUAUUUAUGAAUUAUCAUAGACGUAUGUAAUGAUUUUGCAACAAAUUAGUAUUUCUAUGUACGUAACCAAUGAUUACAGUAUGUUUUGAGUAUGGCCAUUCAGUUCCUCUCAAAACAUCUGAAUAGUCUGAUGGUUCCUAGACGACUGUUUACAACUUCUUUGGUAUGCUACUGGACCCCAAGGCUAUUUAGUUAGUAUUUGUAUCAUGCACGUAAAAAUCACUUGUUUUCAUAUUUUGGCUGCUUGGCUCAGGGUCAUUUUUAACACUGCUUUACAAUUGCCUCCCCACCCUAGCAACCAUGAUAAAACCUCAUGUGCCUGUCAAGAGACAACAAUAGUGUCACGUCAAUAUUCAGCCAGUAUAUAGUGAUGAAAAUGAUGCUAGUUUGAAUUAUUGGAGCGUAAAGGAAAAAUGCAUCCGAUUGGGGUGGGGGGGACUACAUUCACCCCUAAAAAAAAAGAAUAAUAUUUGCCCAUAAAAUGUGCAGAGUGAGAUAUUUCGCUGUAACCUUUCAAGCAGGGAGAGGGACCAUGCACUGUGUGAGUUUCAUCACAGCAAGUUUGGAGAUAUGCAAGGUGUUACAAUUGACCCCCGUUACAACUGCCCCCAGUCUAUCCUACUGUUGUUGAAUGAGCCUAGUUUACGAGAGGAAACGGAUGUCUGAAGUCAGCAACUGAAUAUGUUGAUUUUUAUACACUACAGUAGAAUGCAUCCACACGUUGCACAUACAGUACAUUUCAAUGCAUUGUUUUAAUUUCCCAUUUGAUAUUCAUUGCUUUAAAUAUAUGCACGAAUAAGACCUUAUGGAUGCCCGGUCUUGGUCAUGAUAAUAUUGUUUCAGUUUGAGUGUGUAAUGUGAACUCAGUGGAGCAUGGGACUGCAGGUGUCGCUAGCGUUUUUUUCAUCACAGUGACCGACCUAGACACCUACUUACUUAAUCCUCUUCUACGGCCCAGCUCCAAAUCUACCCCUAGGCACGUGUAGAUCUGAAAGGAUUGGAUCGGCAUAAGCAAUACGGCGAUAAAAAUCCAUGUUGCUCACACCUAUCCAAUCUUUUAGAAAGUUCACAACCUUUUUUUCCAAAGUGUGAUUUAAAUGUUGUUUUUUUUGUCACAGAUCUGCACAAAAUACUCUGUCAAAGUGGAAAAAUUAUUAUAAAAAGAAAAAGAAACCCUAUUAAAUCUUGAUUAGAUUCAACCCCCUGACUGUGAGUCUUUCUGGGUAACUCUCUGAGAGCUUUCCAAACCUGUAUUGUGCAUCGUUAGCCCAUGUUAUUAUUUUCAAAAUUCUUCAAGCUCUGUCAAAUUGGAUUGUUGAUCAUUGCUAGAAAACCAUUUUCAGGUCAUGCCAUAUGCAGAUUUGAGCCAAAACUGUAACUCUGCCACUCAGGAACAUUCACUGUCUCCUUGGGACUCCCGAGUGGCGCAGCGGUCCAAGGCACUGCAUCUCAGUGCAAGAGGCGUCACUAUAGUACCUGGUUCGAAUCCAGGCUGUAUCACAUCCGGCCGUGAUUGGUAGUCCCAUAGGGCGGCGCACAAUUGUCCCAGCGUCGUUUGUGUUUGGCCGGAGUAGGCUGUCAUUGUAGAUAAGAAUUUGUUCUUAACCGAUUUGCCUAGUAAAAUUUCAAUAAGCAAUUCAUGUAGAUUUGGCCUUGUGUUUUAGGUUAUUGUCCUGCUGAAAGGUGAAUUCAUCUCCCAGUAUCUGGUGGAAAAGCAGACUGAAUCAGGUUUUCCUCUUGGAUUUUGCCUAAACUUAGCUCCGUUUCUUUUUUAUCCUGAAAAACGACCCAGUCCUUAACAAUUAUAAGACUACCUAAUAAGAUGACGCAGCCACCACUAUGCUUGAAAAUAUGGAGAGUGGUUCUCAGUAAUGUGACGUGUUGGAUUUGCCCCACACAUAACGAGCUCUUUGUAUUCAGGACAAAAAGUGAAUUGCUUUGCCACAAUUUUUUUUAGAUGACUUUAGUGCCUUGUUGCAAACGAUGCAUGUUUUGAAAUAUUUUUAUUCUGUAAAAACUUCCUUUUCACUCUGCCAAUUAGGUUCGUACUGUGGAGUAACUACAAUGUUGUUGAUCCAUCGUCAGUUUUUUUCCUAUUACAGCCGUUUAAACUCAAUUUUAAAGUCACCAUUGGCCUCAUGGUAAAAUACCUAGGUGGUUUCCUUCCUGUCCCGUAACGGAGUUAGAAAGGACGCCUGUAUGUUUGUAGUGACUGGGUGUAUUGCUACACCAUCCUCCCUUUGCGAGGCAUUGGAACAUCUCCCUGGUCUUUGUGGUUGAAUCUGUGUUUGGGAAAUGCACUGCUCCACUGAGGGACCUUUACGAUUAUCGGUAUGUGUGGGGUGCAGAGAUGAGGUAGUCAUUCAAAAAUCAUGUUAAACACUUAUUGCACACAGAGCGAGUCCAUGCAACUUAUGUGACUUAACCUGAUGUUUACUCCUGAACUUAUUUUGGCUUGCCAUAAAGGGGUUGAAUAGUUACCUCAAGGCAUAUUUUAUUAAUUUGUGUGGGGAAAAAAAUCUAAACAUAAUUCACUAUGACAUUAUAAGUUGCGUGUAGGACAGUGAUGAAAAACAUCUCAAUUUAAUCAAUUAAAUUCAGUCUGUAAAACAAAAUGUGGAACAAGUCUAGGGGUGUGAAUAUUUUCUGAAGACGCUUGGUGAGGUGUUGAAGGUACAGGCUAUGGGUUGAUUGGGAUGGGAAUACACCAAUUUGGGUGAAGCAACCAAGGCUCUGGAACUCUGUCUGUGUUCAUACAAAUGCUUGAAGCUGAACCCUGUGUCGAUUGACUUGCUGUGAUUUGAUUAUUUGUUGUGCUUCACAAAUGUAUAUUUUGUAUAUAUAUUUUUUUAAAGGUCUUAAUGUAAAAUGAUUUCAGUUUUUUUUGUUGCAAAAGUUGAUUUGUGAAUCGAAUUGUCAAUAAAUCUGGUGUUUUAAAAUAAAA